GAAAGAGGAGCCUCCAUCAUUUCAUUUUAGCACCACGCUUCAGAGGAGCCGCCCCAGCCUCUUCGCCGCCUCGCCGACGCUGCCUUGCCGACGCCGCCUCGCCGACGCUGCUGGCUCUUCGCCGCCUUCAUCUCGCCGCUGGCUAUUCAUCACCUUCGUCUCGCCUCGCCGCAGCAUCUUUUUAUCCGGCGCCGCAUCCUCUUCUUCUAAAAUCGAUAGCUUCUCUGAUUCUUCAGUUUCUUUCCGAUUGUUGGAAGUCGGCCGAAGGGGCGUUGACCCAAUCGAUGGAUCUAAUUGGUUUCAGAUCUAGAUCCGAAGAGGUGACGACGGCUAGGGUUAGGCUGAAGCGGUGGUAGGGCCAGGGGAUGGUUAUGGCCCGCCACCAUCGGCCAGGGGCUAGGGUGGUUGCUGUCACAGCGGCAUGGCCAUCGUAGGUUGCAACUCAUUUGAGCAGGGGAGGGGGCUUGGCCUGGGGAGCGGACUAGAUUGGGUUGUGGCUGAUGGGGGUUGGUCAGGGGGCUUGGCGUGGCGGUCAUUUGGCGAAGCUGACGGUGGGCGGUGUCACAAGGAGGUGGCGGGCGGGACGGCAGAAAACUUUCCGACAGCCACUAUGGCCGGUGGACGGGCAGUCACUGGGGUCGGUGGGCGGGCAAUCAUUGUGGUCGGAGUCACUGUGGCCGGUUUCGGUUUCUGUACGGUAGAAAACAUUCCGGCAUCGACUAUAGCCGGUGGACAGGCAGUCACCGGGGUUAGUGGGCGGGCAGCCACUGUGGCCGGAGUCACUGAGAUAGUAACUGGUGGCGGCGGCAGUGCUGGUUUUGGUGACGGUGGUGGUGGUGCCGGUGCCGGUGACGGCGCUGGUGCUGGGGUGGCGGCCACAGGGGUGCCGGUACCUGCAAAGGAAUAUUAUUAAAAUAAUAAAUGUAUGAUUAAAUAGAACAAUUAAAUGACUUUUAGUCACUUUUUUGGAAAAAUUUAAAACAAGUCACAUUUUUCUUUUUUUCAAUCAUUUUAGUAAUGUUGGAAUAAAAAGGCCAAACAUAGUGAUUGGUGAUUUCAAAGCUGAAAAAGAAAAACAUACCGAUUGGUGUUUUCAUAAACCGGCAGGUCUUGGUGAGGCGAGGCUGCAUCGAGGAGAGAAGAGAUGAUUGGCAAGGAUUUGGCGAGGAACGAUGACGGUAAUUAGGGCUACGAGCCUGAGCUGCGUGACUGCGCUGAUGAAAAAAUAAAAAGGAGAGAAGAGAUUAAGCUGGACUUGUUAUACAGAGUAUUAAUUUAGGAUUUAGUGUUAAUUUUUGCGAACAAUUAAAAUAUAUCCUUUUACAUUCGAGUUUUUGGCAGAAGACUUUUGUCCAACAUAUACUUACAAUUUUAAUGGUAACUGUUGGUAUAUUAUGUAACUAGUGUGUACCCGUGCACUGCACGGUAAGAUAUGUGUUUACAUUUUUUCUUAAAUUCAUAGGGACCAUGGAUUGCAUAUAAUUUGCCAAAAGACGUUUAAAAGAGAACUCAAUUGACUAUAUAUACAGAUGUCAAAAGGAGUCCAACUCCAUCGGGCUUGCUCGUUUUACGGUGGAUUGCAUUUUAAUAACCUGAUUAACUCACUGGUUUUGUGGGUCAACAUGCACAAGUGGUUGACUAUACAACAUGUGAUUUGGUUAAAAUAUAAACACCUAGUUUGUCUUUCACUAUCUUAAUUAUUGUUUGUUUACUAUGAAAAUUAUUUGCUAUUGUGUACUUACUAUUUAGAAAUAAUUACAUAUUUAUGACUAAAAUGAAGACUAUUUUCAAAAAUGUGAAUAGUGACCAUAGUAGUAAUGAAAUUAUAGUAACUCAUAUUCAUUUUUUAUACCUUUUUCCAUCAUUUUCAAUGGAGCCAAAGAUUCAUUAUUUUUUGGCUUGAGAUUAUGAUAGAAUAAAGCAAAAUGACUCACUAAACUGUCUGCGCUUCUUUGUUAUGAAGCAGCAGUCAGUCCAUGCAAUUUUGGACGGGAUUUUCACUAUGAGUCAUCCGGAAACAGUCUCUCUGUGCUUUAGUACAGGGGUAAUACUGCGUACAUCCGACCCCUCCCUUACCCCACCGUAGGUGGGAGCCUUUGCGGCACUGGGGUAAAUGAAAAUGAUGAUGAAAUGAUAUUCAAUUUUUAUACUUUAGUUACUAUGACACUACAUUGUAGUAAAUAAUAAUUAUAUUUGUGUAAAUAAGUUUUAUUUCAGUAAUAUUUUUGUAAAAAGCCCUACUAUUUAACAACAGCCUUCAUUGAACUACUAUUCUAUAGUAACCAUUCAAAUAAGCUAUUCCUGCAUAUUUUUUAUUUUGUAGUUGAAAAUAACUUUUUAGCUAAUAUAUACUCAAAAAACUAAUUCUAACCUUAUUUUUUUUACAAUCAGUUCUUUUGAUUUAUAUUUCCUAAUAUUACUACUUACACACAAAGGAAAUGUGCACUACCAUAAAUCAAAAAAUGAAGUGGCAUUUUGUAGAUAAGUUUUACCUUUUAUGCCCAUUUAAAGUACGCAUUCUUUUAAUUAUAUGUGUGCACAUCCAUUAAUCAUGAUAAGAUUCUUAUUUUCUACAUUGAUCCGCAAAGCACCCUUUAAAACCCACAAGAUUUUGUUGGAAAAGAAGUAUGCGAAGAAUAUUUUUAUUUUAAGAGGCUAUAAUUUGUUAUUUAUUUUUUAUAUUUGAGUAUUAUUUUCAAUUUAUGUGCUACUCUCAAGUGCAAAUUUUUACCUAUAUUUAUACACAACGUUGUGAUGCAUAAAUAUAAAUAUACAUAUAUAUAAUACUCCUAACUUAUAUAUAGUACACAUAAAUUUUUGUCUAAAUUUUUAUUGGAAUACAUUGAGUGGAGGUUUGGAAGUUGAAUAGUUUUUGUUUAAUGGUGUUGCCACAUGUCAUUUUGUCUACAAAAGAUGGUGCCACAUGUCAAUUAUUUCUCCAAAGAGCUCUCCAAGGGUUAGCUUUAUUAUAUUAUAUAGAUUGUACCAACGGUUUCAAUUUUAGUAUAUCAAUUGCUUAAUUUAUACCAACAGAGUUCAGAAGUUGUGGAGGUAGAUAUUGGUAAAUGGCAUUUUUUUGUGGUGUUACUUAUCAAUUUAUGCUUCUCAGUUCUCACAUUUUGUUGCUGUUCUUUUCUCCUAUUCUCCUUGAAAAAGGCUCAUGUAAGAGGGCAUCAAGUGAGGAAGAACUACGGGAAGAUAAUAUGGUCUGUUGGAAUACUAGAGAAGGUAAUCCUGAGAUGGAGACGGAAAGGAAGCGGCUUACGCGGUUUUAAACCAGAAACAAGCCUCUCUGAAGGCGGCGGCAGCCCUAGCACGGUCAACCAACCCGUACAAGAGGAUGACGAGUAUGAUUUCCUAAAGCAAGGUAGAAAACAAACAGAGGUCAGAUUGCAGAAGGCCCUUGCCCGGGUUAAAUCCAUGGUUCAAUAUCCCGAGGCUAGAGAUCAAUACCGAAGACUGCUAAAUGUUGUCUCUGAAAUGCAGGAAACUAAGAAUAAUUACGAUAGGGUGCUCAGCAAUAUCGGUGAAGUUGGUGAUGAUGAUGAUCUUAUUGACUUGGACGCGUUGUUGGAUGAUGACACUUUCAUGCCACUGGCACCUUGAAUGACGAUUCUGUUGUUAUAUACAAUAGUUAUUAUGUCUUUCAAGUCAUCGCUCGCUCGCUCAAAGUGUGUAUAUACAUAUAAAUAUAAAUAUAUAUGGAGUACGCGCGCACACACACAUAUAGAGAUAUAUAUGCCAUAUGUCCAUCCCAUUGAACAAACAGCACCUUCACAUCACUGACAUAGCAGUUUAUAUCAAAAGUUUAGGUGUGUUUUGGAGUAUAUUUAGUUACAGACGGUUCAAUUCGUUUUCUUAUUAAACAAUGCCUCACCCUUUUUCAUUACAU